AUGAAUGACCGUAUGUCUGACGCCCUUCUGCCCAUCGCUACUACUGUGUUCGAUAUGACCCAUCGACCGCUGAUCAGACGAGCGCUUGUGGCCGCUCUCUUGCGAAAUCUCUCGCGCCUCGGGCAGGCCGGCCAAAGCUUCGAGGCAAGCGAAAUAUUGCCAGACCUCCACGUAGAUGAUUUCAUCUUCAGGCGGGUGGCUCAAAAGAAUGCUGCCACUAAGCAAAGUGUAAGGCCAUACUCUAUGCACAUACCCGUUGACAUCCCGUCACUCAAACGAGGCAAAAGUGAUUGUCGAUUCAUUCGAGGCGCUAUCGAGCUUUCAUAUUGCUUUAUGGAAGUUGAUUCCACCGCGGCCUACUAA